CAGGGGCCACAGCCCGGCUGUUAGCCUAGGAGCCCGCUGCCGGUUCCCGUUGCGGUGCGUGGUUUCCGGUCGGUUGAGGGGAGGCCGGGCUCUCUCUGGCGCGUGCGGCCGUUGGGGGCGGCCAUGGCGUAUCCGGCCCUCCGGAAGGUGGCGAUGGUCUCCUGCCUGGUGCUGUGCGUCUCCCUGCUCCUGCCUAGGACCUUCCUGUCCCGGGGCGGGAGGCAGGAGCCCGGCACCGCGCCGCCUACCCCGCCCGAGGGGAAGACAAGUCGUUUUCCACCAAUGAUGCAUCACCAGAUGGCCCCCGAUGGCAGGUCUUCUGGUGCUCAUUUUCCAAGGUCUCACCUGGCAGAGGCAGUUGCAAAGGCCAAGGGUGGUGGAGGUGGUGGAGGAGGAGGUGGCAGUGGGAGAGGUCUCGUGGGGCAGAUCAUACCCAUUUAUGGAUUUGGAAUCCUUUUAUACAUACUGUACAUUCUGUAUAAGCUCUCUUCCAAGGGAAAAACCACUACAGUGGAGAGGAAAUCUCCUCCUAUACCUGGAAACAUGAAUAGAAAAAUCACUGACUAUGAGCUCACGCAACUACAAGAAAAGCUGAGAGAGACUGAGGAGGCUAUGGAAAAAUUAAUCAAUAGAGUAGGACCUAAUUGUGACAGCAGGGCCCAAAAUGUUACAACAGACCAGGAAAAGAGAUUACUCCAGCAGCUCCGAGAGAUCACUAGGGUCAUGAAGGAAGGUAAACUCAUAGAUGGCAUCUCCCCAGAGAAGGAAGCUGAAGACGCUCCUUAUAUGGAGGAUUGGGAAGGUUAUCCAGAAGAGACCUAUCCUGUCUAUGAUAAUUCUGAUUGCUUCAAGCAUAGACAGGACACAAUCCUUGUGGAUUACCCUGAUCUGAACGAGCCCUCUGCUGAAGAGAUAGCUGAAAGAAUGGAGGUUAUGGAAGAUGAGGAUUAUUUGUGUAGUGAAACUUUACUGUCUGAUCUCACUACAGAGUGUGAAAGCCAUGAUAUGGGACAGAAAAAGGCCCAGCAGAUCAGCUUCAGUGACCAAGGUGGUGUCCUCCAUCACAACCAUAACUUUGAGAAGUGCUACUGUUGCCACUAUGAAGAGGAUGAUCCUGCUGUCAUAGCAGAGAAUGCUGGGUUCCAUGCUGACAGCUGCAGUGAGGCUGAAGACACAGCCAAAGAUGAUCACUUCAUAGAUUCUGACAAUGAAAAUUCAGGACUGAAAAGCCAAAAAGCCAAUGAUCCAGAUGCAGUAGGCACGCUGAGAAAACGAAACACAAAGGGACUUGAGUAAUGGGGACCACCACGUGUGGCUAUAGCAAGAUUCCUCAAACUCUCACACCUGUGCUCUUUGUUCUUGACCACAUUUAUCUUCUCCGUUUCCAGCUCUUGGCACUAUUUCCAGUCCCUUGGCCUGAUCCCUUGACCUGAACUGGAAGCUAAUGGGCCUCUUUAAAUUACUCCAUUAUUACCUCCAGCACUUGCUUGCUAGAGGCUGCUAUGAACAGGAACAGACGAUGAUGCUGUUCCAAUAUCCACACUCUGUAUUUACUUAAUCCUGUGUGAUUACUGCCUCUGAAUAACCACCUCUUCCUCUGAAAUGUUAGCUGCACUGUAGUGUCCUACCUUGUCAGUACUAGGAAUGGACUUCCUGUCCCAACUGUCCAGAGCCUACCUGCUGACUUUGACAGCUAUCAGUUAUGAACACACAACCAUUUGCAUCAGAUUAUUUAGGAAGAUGGAAGGACAGUUUUGUAGCUUCUCUUUUGUUCUGAAGCAGAUGGUAAUUAUCUCCUAGCCUAACUGGUAAAGAGAUUUGCAGGCAAGAGACAACAUGAAUGACCAACUCCUUUUUCAACCACAUGGCUGUCACAGUAAUUAAUUAAUAUAUAUGGCACAACAGAAUAUGCAUUCCUUGACCACUGGGGCACUCUUGGCCAAGUGCCUGCAUGCACUUAAGAAAUGAAACAGUGUCUCAGGACUGCACAUGUUCAUGUGGCUGAUUGCCUUUAGCAUGUGGCUCCUUAAUUUAAACCCCUCACAAAGUGUACGCUAAGGUUUACAUUGUACAUUAUUUAUGAUAGCUUCCUACUGGGAAAAUAGUCCACACAGGAACAAGAAGGGAAAAAUCAUAGCGAAAACAUUGUAAACUCUUUUCUUCUUUGGAAUAUAUUUAUUCUUAAAUGCA